GCGCCCCCCUCUCGCGCCCAUCGGAGGUUCUAGGCGCCGGCGCCGCUUCCGGCCCGGAGGUGGGGGGGGGAGGGGGCGGAGCCGGCGCCGGCGCCACAGCAACCGCGGAACGCGAACCCUGGCCUGCAGCCUCUGGCCGGCACCGGUCCAGGGAUGGCGCCCCAGCCCCCCGGCUCCGUCCUCGAGCUCCGCGCCGCCGGCAACGAGAGCUUCCGCAGCGGCCAGUACGCGGAGGCCGCCGAGCUCUACGGCCGGGCCCUCGACGUGCUGCGGCAAACAGGUCCAGCCAACCCUGAAGAAGAGAGUGUCCUCUAUUCCAACCGAGCAGCUUGCCACUUGAAGGAUGGAAACUGUACACAUUGCAUUAAAGACUGCUCUGUUGCAUUGUCUUUGGUUCCUUUUGGCAUAAAACCUUUGCUAAGGCGGGCAGCAGCCUAUGAAGCCUUGGAGAAAUACCAGCUGGCUUAUGUGGAUUACAAGACAGUGCUGCAGAUAGACUGUACUCUGCCAGCUGCCCAUGAUGGAGUCAACAGGAUGACCAAAGCUCUCAUGGACACAGAUGGGCUUGAGUGGCGUCUUAAGCUGCCCCCCAUCCCCUCAGUGCCAGUUGCAGCUCAAAAGAGGUGGGAAGCAGCUCCAGGGGGUGACCAUGAGAAGGCAGACAAAAGCAGACUCAAAGAAGCCGACACCUUAAAGAACAAAGUGCCUACUGGUGGAGACAUCGAGCGAGCGCGGGCCCUAAAGGAAGAAGGCAAUGAGCUGGUGAAAAAAGGAAAACAUAAGGAGGCCGUAGAGAAGUACACUGAGAGUCUUAUGUUCAGCAGCUUGGAGUCUGCGACCUACACCAACAGAGCCCUCUGCUACUUGUCACUGAAGAAAUAUAAAGAAGCUGUAAAGGACUGCACAGAGGCUCUCAAAUUAGACUCAAAGAACGUCAAAGCAUUUUAUAGGCGUGCCCAGGCAUUCAAAGAACUCAAGGACUAUCAAUCCAGCCUCGAAGACGUCAACAGCCUCCUGAGUAUUGAGCCAGAGAACAGCGCCGCCGCCAAGCUGAGGCAGGAAGUCAACCGGAGCUUAAAAUAAAUAAAGUCCAGGAAGGGGCAGCAAACCUGCCUGAUUUCACUUGGAGAAGCUGAGGGCCUCUUUGUCUACUCCAGGGCCGAGAAACAGCAUGGGAGCCCUCUGACCCAGGCCAGGUCAUGCCCUGGGCAUGGCACUCCAGCUUCUCUCCUUGAACCCAUCCAUAUUGUGCUUCCUUCUCAUUCAGAAUCUUUGCUCACUGAAAGUCAGCUCAGGUUAGUGAGCCAGGCCUCACCUUUUUGGCUGGCAAGGGUUCCUUCCUCUGCUGAUCUUUUUCAGGGAAGCUCUCCUGGCAACACCGCUUUCUCCCAAUGGCAGACUCAUAUCCUUCUUCAUCCAUUAAGCAUGCCCCAACCCUGGUUCGGGAGCUCAAUCCAUGGGGAAUGGAGUCAGGUAUUAGUUGGCAAACCACUGCUCCCCUGAGUUGCUUGUGGCACGGAGCAUGGCAUCCCCCGGCUCCUUUUUUGUGCCCAGGGUAUGUGGUGGCUUCACUGGGGAUGGAGCCCCUGGCUGUCUUGGUCAUCCCGUGUCCCUGUGCACCACUCACAUCUGACAGUCAUUCUGGGUACUGGUUUGAGUACUUGACUUCUAAAAUCUUGUAUGCUGUUUCAAGUUACUUGAGUGUCUGUGUGGUGGCAGGCACAUUCCCUGCUUCCCCUGCCUCCCCUGAGUUGGAGCCACAAGCCCUAGUUUGGCAGUUGGCCUUUUGCAUGUUUUGGGGGGGGAUGCUGUCCCAGCCCUAGUUAAAAAUGGCAGCUUUAGGGCUCCUCUGAGAGUCCCUAUUCCUCUGUACUUUUUGGAGUGAUUCUGAAUGGCCUCGUGGUUUCAGUCACCCUGUAUUUAAGCCACGGCAUAAAAAGUAAUGUCUGCUACUGGA